CGAUGGUAAAAAGUGAUUUGAAAAUUUAAAAUAUGUCCAUAAUCCUAUUCUGUGUCUUGAGUUUGAUAUUUGACAGUUAUUCGUGUCAAUUUGUUUUUAGAAAUCGUUUAGCUGAUGAUAAAGUAAUUGAUGAGGACUGGAAUGAAUUCAAAGAAAAAUUCAACAAGUCAUACUCAGAUCAUCAUGACGCGUUUCGAAAAGAGGCUUGGCUGGCUAACGUUAAAAAAAUCAAAACGCACAACGAAGAAGCCAAGAAAGGGUUGCAUUCCUACUUUUUGAAUGACAACAAUUUAGCCGAUCUGAGUCAUCAGACGUACCUUCAAAAAAUGGUGAAAUUAACAAAGAGUAGACACCGGAAAAUUGAUUCUGAAGUAGUUGGUGACUUUUACCAUAAAUUUCACAAGAUUCCCGAAGAGAUUAAUUGGAUCGAAAAGGGUUUUGUAACACCUGCUUAUAACCAGAAAGACUGCGGCUCGUGCUACGCUUUCAGCAUAGCUGGUAUGCUUCAGGCUCAAAUUUUUAAGCAAACAGAAAAACUAGUUCCACUGAGCUCUCAGCAAUUGGUGGACUGCAGCUCAAAGAAUGGAAAUUAUGGGUGUAGCGGAGGCUCUUUACGAAAUACCUUACGGUAUUUAGAAAAUACUGGUGGACUGAUGGCUUAUAGUGAUUAUCCAUAUAUUGCAACGCAAGGAAAAUGUCACUUUAAAAAAGAUUUGGCGAUAGUCAAUAUAACUUCCUGGGCAGUCUUACCACCUAGAGAUGAGAAAGCUUUAGAAGCGGCAGUAGCAACUGUGGGACCUAUUGCAGUAUCAAUAAAUGCAGCUCUACAUACCUUUCAAUUUUAUCACAAAGGCCUUUAUGAUGAUCCCGGAUGCACAUCUCUUAGCGUAAAUCACGCCAUGCUGCUUGUAGGUUACACAAAAGACGCCUGGAUAUUAAAAAACUGGUGGGGAAAACACUGGGGAGAGCAAGGAUAUAUGAGGCUGAGAAGGCAUAAAAACAGGUGCGGUGUUAGUAAUUAUGCGGCCUAUGCUUUGGUGUGAAAAAUUUUAGAAUAAAU